AUUUAGCGGUCCAUGAGCUACCUGGCUCGUUUGGACCAAUCUACAAGCAAGAACUUGUAACAUCAAUCAAUCCAAAUCAUCUCCCCCGAAAAUGAGCUUUCCGCACAAAUGGCGACCCACGGCUCGCAAAUCACGGUAUGGGCGCCCGGUCUGCACUCGGCGACUCCGCACUUCCGCGCUGCCGGCGAUUGACGAGAGCAUACCAAUUAUUCGUUGCGACGUAAUAGACCAGGGUCCUCAGCGGGGCCAGCUCGCGGGGCCAGGUCCCGGCCAGGACCCGGCCGAUGCUCCUAACAGUUUACUUAACUUCGUGCGCCCUUACGUCGAGUUCCUACAGCAGCGUAAUAUAGCGGUGCCUGCACAGCCGGCACACAGCGAGCCGCAGGCCCUUUGGCGGGAGUGGGCGCGUCAGGUCCUGGCCCUGUCGCGUGUCCGCGAAGACGAGGAGCAUGAGGAGACGCAGCGACGGCGACGGCGAGAGGAUGAAGUGCUCGAGCAACUCGGGGAGGCUGCGCAACGUUCACAGCCCGUCUCGAGCGGCGUGAGCCCCACAGCGCUCUGCCUGGGGGUCGCUGACCCGCCGAUGACAGCCUCCGACAAUGUAGUGGGCUCGGCGGCGGCGGCGGGGUCGGCAUCUGGCGCGGGGGCCUCUAGCGCCACGCCGCCGCAGGAAGCGGCAGCAGUGGUUGGCACGGCGGCGGGUGCAGAAGCGGCUGGCACGGCGGCGGGCGCAGCAGUGGCUGGCACGGCGGCGGGUGCAGCAGUAGCUGGCACGGCGGCGGGUGCAGCAGUAGCUGGCACGGCGGCAGGUGCAGAAGCGGCUGGCACGGCGGCGGGCACAGCAGUGGCUGGCACGGCGGCGGGCGCAGCAGUGGCUGGCACGGCGGCGGGUGCAGCAGUGGCUGGCACGGCGGCGGGCGCAGCAGUGGCUGGCACGGCGGCGGGUGCAGCAGUAGCUGGCACGGCGGCGGGUGCAGCAGUAGCUGGCACGGCGGCGGGUGCAGAAGCGGCUGGCACGGCGGCGGGUGCAGCAGUGGCUGGCACGGCGGCGGGCGCAGCAGUGGCUGGCACGGCGGCGGGUGCAGCAGUAGCUGGCACGGCGGCGGGUGCAGCAGUAGCUGGCACGGCGGCGGGUGCAGAAGCGGCUGGCACGGCGGCGGGUGCAGCAGUAGCUGGCACGGCGGCGGGUGCAGCAGUAGCUGGCACGGCGGCGGGUGCAGCAGUGGCUGGCACGGCGGCGGGCGCAGAAGCGGCUGGCACGCUUCGGCAUGUGCGCGAUCCUCCGACGCAGGGCAUGGGCCCCCUGGCGGCUGGUGCGGACCCGGAGUGCACGGGGCGCGGCCGCACGCCAGAGGCUGGCUCGGGCGCCGGCGCCGCCAGCGGCAGCCCGCGCUGCGGCUGCAGGUGCAUGUGAGGGCUCGCUGGGCACAUACAGCCCGCGGACAUGUGCGCCGUCCCCUAAGCACGCAUUCGCAAGGCCCCCGGCGUGUUGGGGCCCUCCAUCGUGGGACCACCGCUCUCGCCGCUGGGAGACCCGCGGCGCAUGGGCUAGGGGUCGCUAUUGCCUGGGCUAUGGGUCGCUACCGGUUUGCUGGGUGGCUGCGGCGGCCAUGCGGCGGAGGCGCGCAGCUGUUGCCAAGACCAGCGAGUUCAGCCCUCAAUGGGCAUGCUGCGUGGAGGGGCGGCCAAGCCGGGGACAGUGGAGGCGCGGCGGUAAUGGACUUGAGGAAUGCACGGACCAGCGGGGGGCCUGGCGGCCCUGGAAAGAAGCUGGUGAAGGCCAAGUUUGCUGCGAGGCGGACGAAGCCAUUUUCACUGGUUGUCGAGGCAUCGUUCAUGCCCCUGCACGUGCCCAUCACCAACACGGUUCUGCAGGUGGGCUGGGCGGGGGAGGGGAGGGCAUUGAAGAUGCCACACACGGCCUAACUUUGCACGAUGCCAUUGUAAGAGGUGCUCAUCAACCGUCAAGUGCUCGUGGUUGCUUGGGAGGCCGCGGCUGCUGCAGAGCGGGAUAAGGGUGGGGCAGCGCACGAGGCGGUGCAGAGCGCUGUGGAGAAUGGUUGGCGGGCAUUUCGGAACUCAGCCGCGUCGUUCGAACCGUGGCUGCAGCGGCAGGGGCUGGAGCCAGGGCAGGACCCUUGGCUGGUCGCCGGAUUUCAAACCCGGCGCAAUGCAUGGGACGGCUGGGAGUUUGCCGGCUUCCUGCGCACGGACGGUGCCGCUGCAUGUGUGGCGCUGCGCAAGAAGGCCU